AUGUCCGACCUGGGUGGAAGAGCUCUCCCACCACAAAACGUUAAAAAACAUCUCUCUGUUGAGGCAGAAGCUCUCCACCUGGGCCCUCUAGUCUCCUUCCAGGGUCGAAUCACCUGUGUUGCCGUCUUUAAUGAGGCUCUGCCUGAAGAUUAUGUCAAGUGGGUCGUUCAGGGUGAGUUGGUGGCUCUUCCAAUCUCCACUCUAUCCCUCUCUCGUCCUCCUUCUCUCCUCUCCCAAGGCGUCAACAACUGCAACCUCAUCACCGACAUGUUCUUGCAGUCCAACUCGCUGAGCCUCCUCUUCUUUUAUCACGCCAAGGCCGUAGACGGGGCUGGCCAGGUUUGCCUGGACCUGGCCAAGUCUGGCGUUGGCCGCGUUGCCAACACAGCACAGACGCUACCACCAGCAAGCGGGGACUCGGUCUCAAACAUUUCCCCAGAGGAUUCUACCGUUGCCAACAGCUGUCUCACGGCUCUCGAGUUUCCAGCCCACCUCAUUGGUCCAUGCCAGCUAACCUCAACAGCUUUUGUGGUCAGUCUUGUUUUUUGUUCUGUUCUUACUACUAUUUAUGCUGCUGCUGCUAUUUCCUCCCUACAGGCAUCUUUUCUGAUAACCUACCUCCGAAGUCUUUAUCGGCCUUCCAGAGCAUUUUUAUGUGCAAGUGCUCCCUGA